AUGGUCGAGUCCCUCGCCGCGUACCACGUCACGUACCCGGAGCGCGUGCGGCGCAACGGUGCGCACCUCUCGCACGACGUGCGCCACUCCUAUGACCUGGCGCACGGCGAGGAGGUGGUGCUGGACCUGCGGCCCAACCGGCGCCUGCUGGCGCCCGGCUUCGUGGUGGAGCGGCGAGCGUCGGCCGGCCGGCCGGGCUCGGUGCGUCGGCCACGCCGCCACUGCCUGCUGCAGGGCCGCCUGCGCGGUCGGCCGCACUCCCGGGCCGCCCUCUCCACCUGCCGCGGCCUGUUGGGCUACAUUCACACCGGCCAGCACCAGUACAUCGUGGAGCCGGUCAAAGGUCACCAGCGCGCCGGGGGCCGGCCGGCGGCGCACCUGGUGUACAGGCCCCCGGCCAUGGAUCACAGCGGCGCUUCCCGUGCGUCGGGCCGCCCGCCCCAUCCCAGCGGCGGGCCGCCGCCGCUUCCCGCGCUUUCCGGCCGGGCACGGACGCGCCGGCCGCGCGACGACCCGCUCCGGGGUAGGUCGUGGGGCCGGGUCAGGAGGUCAGACGCCAGGUCACGCCGCCGGCCGCGCUCCGUCAGCGCGGAGAGGAACGUCGAGACGCUGAUCGUUGCCGACCCGGACGUGGUGCAGUUCUACGCAGACGACGACAUCGAGACGUACCUGCUCACCAUCAUGAAUGGGGUAGCACAAUUAUACCACGAUGCAAGUAUCGGCAACGCCAUAAAUGUCAUCCUGGUCCGGAUACUGAUCCUGGAAUCCAUCGAGAAUACGACGUUGCAUUUUAACAUCAGUGAGAACGCUGACAGUUCUCUGAAGAGCUUCUGUAGCUGGCAAAUCAAAAUGAACCCCUCCAACGAGAGCCAUCCCAAUCAUCAUGAUGUGGCCGUCCUGCUUACCAGACGGAACAUCUGCGGCGAGAACGAGACGUGCAGCACGCUGGGCCUGGCCGAGGUGUCGGGCAUGUGCCAGCCCACCCGCAGCUGCAACAUCAACCAGGACACGGGCCUCGCCGUCUCGUACACCAUCGCCCACGAGCUGGGCCACAACUUCGGCAUGAACCACGACGGCCCGGGCAACGGCUGCGACCAGCCUGACGGGCAUCAGCAGCACGUCAUGGCGCCCAACCUGGUCAACGACGUCACCCCUGUCGUGUGGUCUAAGUGCUCCAGGCGCGAAAUCACCAAGUUCCUUGACCGUGACUGGGGACACUGCCUGGAUGACCAGCCCACCGACCAUGAGUAUAGCUACCCCCAGGUGCCGCCGGGAGCCCUUUACAACGCCGACCACCAGUGCAAGCUACUUUACGGUCCGGCCGCCUCCCACUGCGAUAUGGGCAACGUGUGCGAGACGCUGUGGUGCCGCGUGCAGGGUCGCUGCGUGACGGAGCUGGAGCCCGCCGCCGAGGGGACCAGGUGCACGCCGCUGGACGGCGGCCCGCUGGCCAACAUCAGCACGUGGUGCUCAGCCGGCGACUGUGUGGAGAUGCGCAGCCGGCCGCGCGCCGUGGACGGCCGCUGGGGCGACUGGGGCGCCUGGGGCGCCUGCAGCCGCUCCUGCGGCACCGGCGUGCAGAGUUCAGUGCGCCACUGCGACCAGCCGGUGCCGGCCAACGGCGGCAAGUACUGCGUCGGCGAGAGGCGCCGCUACCGCACCUGCUCGGCUGAGGCGUGUCCGGAGGAAGGUGUCACGUUUCGGGCGCAGCAGUGCGCCGCGUUUGACUCCGUGCCGUACCAGGGCCAGAACUAUACCUGGACGCCCGUCUACGACCAUGCGGUACCUUGCCAGCUCACCUGCCGGCCGACCGAGCGGCACUUCACAGCCGUGCUCUCCGACACGGUGGCCGACGGCACGCCGUGCCGGCUCGGCACGCACGACAUCUGUAUCAACGGCAAGUGCAUGGGCAUCGGCUGUGACGGAGUGUUGGCGUCGGAGGCGAGGGCUGACCGCUGCGGCAUGUGCCACGGCAACGGCAGCCUCUGUAACACCGUCAGGGACACGUUCACCGCUAAGGGAGACGGAUAUGUGGUCGUCGCCGGCGUGCCAGCUGGCGCUCGCAACAUCAAGGUAGAGGAGGAAGCUGGGGCAGAAGACGGAAGUUUUCUGGCCGUCACUGGUACCAAGGACGAUUCCGAUUACCUGAACGCCAACUGGUUUGUCCAGUGGAGUGGAGAGUACCGUGCCGGCGGCACUCUGCUCUUCUACUUCCGCGAAGAUCAAAACGAGACCAUCUUCAUCCCUGGCCCCCUGAAGGAACCAAUCGUUCUCAAGGCACUGCUGCAGGACAGCAGCACUCGGAUGCGGUUCGAGUACACGGUGCCUGGCCACGAGGGUGCUGAGGCAGCGCAGGUGUUCUCGUGGAGGUACCAGGAGUGGUCCGAGUGUUCUGUCCACUGCGGUGGCGGCCGACAGACGUCUGACGCGGUCUGCAUGGAGGACGAGGCAGGCCGGGUGGAGGACAUCUACUGCUCCACCGACCGGCCAGAGACCAGGUCCAGACCCUGCAACACGGAGGACUGUCCUGCCCGGUGGUGGACGCAGCCCUGGCAGCCGUGCCUGGCCCGCUGUGGCGAGCCGGGCCGCCGCCACCGCUUGGUCGUCUGCGUCCGUCUGUCCGGCGCGGACGAGAUGCAGGCGCUGGGGGAGCACGAGUGCGCCGACCAGCCGCGGCCGGCGCUGGACGAGCCGUGCAGCGGCCCGACGGACAACUGCGAGUGGCGCACCGGGCCCUGGAACAAGGGCUGCGGCGACGACCCGUGCCUGCUGCGCACGCGGCGCGUGUGGUGUCCGACGGCGCACGGCUGCCGCCGCGCCCGCCGGCCGGCCACCAAGCAGGUGUGCGACAUGGCCUUGUGUCACCUGACGACGCGACUGCGGCACUCGAUGCGCGCCGUCGCCGCGCCGCCCGCCGCCAACUGCAGCUGGCGCGUCGGCGCCUGGGGAAAGUGUAACUCGCUGUGCGGCGAGGGCCAGAUGAGCCGAUCGGUACUCUGCAUUGAUCCCAGCUCCGAUCAGAGCGUGGAGCGGUCUCGGUGCCCGCGGCCCGUUCCCGAUGCGUACACGCUGUGCACUCAGCCGUGCCUGCAGUGGGAGGUGGACGAGUGGUCGCCGUGCUCGGUGCUCUGCGGGCCCGGCCUGCUGACGCGCCAGGUCAGCUGUCCGGCGGCCAGCCGCUGCGACCCCGAGCGCCGGCCGCUGGACUCGAUGCCCUGCUGGGAGCGGCCCUGUGCUCAAUGGCAGACCGGCGAGUGGAAGCCGUGCAGCAGGACGUGCGGCGGCGGCUACAGCAUGCGCACGGCGCAGUGCAUCAGCCUGGAGACGGGCCGGCCGACGUCGGGCUGCACGGGCGUCCGGCCGGAGACCAAGCGGCCCUGCGGCGAGACGGCGUGCCCGCGGGCUGCCGCCAACGAUAAGUGCAAGGACAAGAUUCGGCCGAAGCUGUGCAAGAACAUGUUGAACCUGUGCUCAAACGAUAUAUUUAAGACCAAGUGCUGCGCGUCGUGUUCCAAGCACGGCUGAGGCGGACGCCAGUGCAGCGGAGCACCGUGUCCCGAAGACGCUGCUCUGAGGAUAACAAUGUGAUAUUCACCGUGCCGGCAAUGGCAGCUGGCGUCCGAGGCGUCCGAGUGAUGCUGGUUUGUGUGCCUCCAUGGGGGACCCAUGGAUGUACCAUUCUAACAGUCUUAUGUAAUCGUUGAUAGCGAUGAACACGUUUAGAGAACAAUAGACGUACAGCAUUCGUGUUCAAGUUCUUGCUAGCCGCAUCUGAAGCCAUGCGGACGUGGGAGCGCGAAGAGCGAUGGAAAAAUUAUGAGGUGUAUAAUAAACCGCCAGGGUAGA